AUGAUCAUUCCCAUGCGCUCUUUCACCUGCAGCAAGAUUGAGGGCAGCAAGUGGGAGGCCUACCUCGGGCUGCUACAGGCGCAGCACACCGAGGGGCAUGCCCUGGACUGGCUGGGCCUGAAGUGCUACUGCUGCCACGGGAUGCCGUUAGCCCACAUGGACCAGAUGGAGAAGCUGUUCAGUUACUCACCCUGGAGAAAUGACUGCCGGGACACGCCCAUUCUGUCCUGGCUAUAG